AUGGCAAAGGGGGCAAAGAUGCAGGGGAAAGCUAGGGUUUCAGGCAAGAAAAAGAAACGGGGACCGACUUCUUCAAAUCGGGGUGUUAAAACUAGAUCUAUGGAUGAGAUUUUGGGUGUUAAGGAGCUGGAAUUCGCGGAUGAAGAAGAUGAGCCAUCUAAACAAUUGGGCACAGAUGUUGCUACAGGUAAGUUGACAUCUCCUCCCAUUCUUCGUUUUGGGAAACUAGUCGAAAAUCUAGAUAGUAGCUUUGUGAACUUGGAGACAGAGGAGGAAUUGAAGGAUAAGGAACAAAUGAAGAGGACAGUUGGGGUGAAAAUUGAGCUAGAAGACAUUGAAGAGGAAAUAAAUUACUGGCAAUCGGUCAUUGUUUGUUAUGUCAUAGGUGCUAACCCACCUCUACAUGUGCUAGAACGUUUUGUGCGAAGGAUUUGGAAGCAUCAUGGAGUUGAUAAAGUUGGUACUCUAUCUCAUGGUGUGUUCAUUGUUAGAUUUCAGAAUAUGGAGGAUAGGGAUAAGGUCAUAAACGUGGGUUACAUAUUCCUUGAUAAGAAGCCUCUUAUCAUGAAACGGUGGAAUUCUAGUGAUGAUUUUACAAAGGAGGAUGUCAAGACAGUGCCUAUCUGGGUUCAACUUGGGGGUCUAGAUAUCAAGUACUGGGGAGAUAAGGCCUUAUUCAAGAUUGUGGGGCAGCUGGGUAAACCUAUUCAGGUAGAUAAUAUUACAAAAAGAAGGGAGAGACUACACUUUCCAAGGAUAAUGGUUGAGGUAUCAAUUACACAAGCAUUCCCGCAUACAAUUUCAUUCAUCAAUGAAUUGGAUCAAGAUAUUGAGCUUACUGUGAAGUAUGAAUGGUUGCAUGUAUGUUGUGAGUAUUGUAAGGGUUUGGGUCAUACGACACCUAUAUGCAAGAAGAAGGGGCCAACCACUGGUGCAGCUCCGCAGACUUGGGUGCCAAAGAAAUCAGCAGAUGGAAAGCUGACAAAGGGGAAGAAGCAAGUGGUGAAAGCGGAUGGUUUUCAAAAAGUUGUUAAAGGGAAAAAAAGUGCAAGCAUCAGUGGACAAUAUCACAGAGGUGCAUAA